UUUCCGUGCGGGCGCUGGCGGCCCGGGAGCGGUCAGGAUGCGGGGCAGCCCGGCGCCCAGCUCCGCGUCGUCGUCGGCGUCCGACCUGAGCCGCAGCCCUGCGCACAGCAGGUCGGACUUGCGGCCCGGGACGUCGGGCGACUACAGCCUGAGCGCCAGCCUCUCGGCCUGCACGCUGCUCUCCGAGGGGGCUGUGGAACCUAUGCAGAUUGAUGUCGAUCCCCAGGAAGACCCCCAGAACGCACCUGAUGUCAACUACGUGGUGGAGAACCCCACCUUGGACCUGGAGCAGUAUGCAGCCAGCUACAGCGGCCUGAUGCGCAUUGAGCGGCUGCAGUUCAUUGCUGACCGGUGUCCUCCACUGCGGGUCGAGGCCUUGAAAAUGGCCCUGUCCUUCGUACAGAGGACCUUCAAUGUGGAUAUGUAUGAAGAGAUCCACCGGAAGCUCUCUGAGGCUACCAGGUUAUCCUUCAGGGAGCUGCAGAAUGCACCUGAUGCCGUUCCUGAGAGUGGAGUAGAGCCCCCACCCCUGGAUACAGCCUGGGUGGAGGCCACUCGGAAGAAGGCCCUGUUGAAACUGGAGAAGCUGGACACAGACUUGAAGAAUUACAAGGGCAACUCCAUCAAAGAGAGCAUCAGGCGCGGCCAUGACGACCUGGGUGAUCACUACCUGGACUGCGGGGACCUCAGCAAUGCCCUCAAAUGUUACUCACGAGCCCGGGAUUACUGUACCAGUGCUAAGCAUGUCAUCAACAUGUGCCUCAACGUCAUCAAGGUCAGUGUCUACUUGCAAAAUUGGUCUCAUGUGUUAAGCUAUGUCAGCAAGGCUGAGUCUACUCCAGAGAUUGCUGAGCAGCGUGGAGAGCGGGACAGCCAGACCCAGGCCAUUCUCACCAAGCUCAAGUGUGCUGCAGGCCUGGCUGAGCUGGCUGCACGAAAGUAUAAGCAAGCUGCGAAGUGCUUCCUUCUGGCUUCUUUUGAUCACUGCGACUUCCCAGAGCUGCUGUCCCCCAGCAAUGUGGCUGUCUAUGGUGGCCUGUGUGCCUUAGCCACUUUUGACCGUCAGGAGCUGCAACGCAAUGUCAUCUCCAGCAGCUCCUUCAAGCUGUUCCUGGAGCUGGAGCCACAGGUCAGAGACAUCAUCUUCAAAUUCUAUGAGUCCAAGUACGCCUCAUGCCUGAAGAUGUUGGACGAGAUGAAGGACAACCUUCUCUUGGACAUGUACCUGGCCCCCCAUGUCCGGACGCUAUAUACCCAGAUUCGCAACCGGGCUCUCAUCCAAUAUUUCAGCCCCUAUGUGUCAGCUGAUAUGCACAAGAUGGCUGCAGCCUUCAACACAACAGUUGCGGCUCUGGAGGAUGAGCUAACACAGCUCAUCCUGGAAGGGCUCAUUAAUGCCCGCAUCGAUUCACACAGCAAGAUAUUGUAUGCUCGAGAUGUGGAUCAGCGCAGCACCACCUUUGAGAAGUCCCUGCUGAUGGGCAAGGAGUUCCAGCGACGUGCCAAGGCCAUGAUUCUGAGGGCAGCCGUGCUGCGCAACCAGAUCCAUGUCAAGUCUCCGCCUAGAGAAGGGAGCCAAGGGGAGCUGACGCCAGCCAACAGCCAGUCACGGAUGAGCACCAACAUGUGAAAGGCAUCCCGACCUGCAGAGACUGGUCCGCACUCCUGCCCAGCCCAUGGAAGCAGCACCUGGGCCUCUUGCCUGCUUUCCUCAGAGGAGGCUCCAGACUAUGUGUGGUUCAUUAGAGCAGCCUGGCCGCUUGGAUGCCAGUUCACUGGCCUUCCACUCUGAGGUUCUCUCUGCUGUGGUAGGCAAGCUGCUCGCUAUGGUCACUCAGGCCUGACUCUAGGUUUCUGUCCAGUGAAACAGACUGUGUGCAAUGCCCAGGUAGGGGACCCUGAAACCCUCCUGUCCAUGUAGUUCUGACUGCAGCAGUGUAGCCAUUAAAGUACAGAUUUAUCACUG